AUGGACCAUCGAGAGGUGUUCACACUCACCGACCAACCCCCCAGCAAAAAUGUUAUCAUGCCACUCUGGACCUUUGGCUUCAAAUAUGACGCUGAGGGGGAGAUCACCAAGCAAAAGGCUCGACUUGUGGCUAAGGAAUACACACAAAUACCUGGACUCGACUUUGACCAGACGUAUGCCUCAGUCGCUCGCCUCAAGUCAAUGAGGAUGACAGCUGCUGUUAUUGCAUGCAAGUGUCUCAGUCCAUGGCAGAUUGACUAUGUUGCCACGUAUCUCAACAGUGACAACAAGUUCGAAGUGUAUAUGGAGCAACCCUGGCUGUUCGUAGUAUGGGGGAAGGAGCACAUGGUGCUGCGAGUCAACAAAACGGUCUAUGGGAUGAUGCAGGGAGCGUACAACUGGGAGGACAAACUGUCAAGAACCUACAAGGGACUUGGAUACUAUCAAUCCCAUGCAGACCCCUGCAUUCAGCACCGCCUCAUCGAUGGCCAGUACACCCUCACAUGCACGUACACAGAUGACGUCCUCGGAGGUUCGUCAUCCAUCCAGGAGAAGGAGAAGGCCAUUGGAGAGAUGGAGGAAUGCUACAAGGUGAAGAGGAUUGAGGGAACUGGGGGAGCAAAAGUCAUACUGGGGAUGGCAAUGACUCAGGACGACAAAACGGGGGCGAUUACACUCUCCCAACGGAUCUUCACUGAGUGCAUGCUUGAAUGCUUUGGAAUGUCAGACUGCAACAUGAAAUCAACACCGCUCCCCUGUGGAAUCAAGCUCUUGGAGCUCAACACCCCCCGCACAGAAGACAACACACUCUUUAUGAAGGACAAGCCAUACCGAGAGGCGUUGGGGUGCAUCAUGUGGCUACAAGCAAACCCUGGCCCAACACACUGGAAGGCACUCCAGCAUGUACUCGCAUAUGUCAAGGGCACGCUUCACUACAAAAUCACCUAUGACCCAAACUCCCCUGACGGUCUCAAUGUCUCUGGACAUUCAGACUUGGACAAUGCCAGCGAUCCUGACACAAUGUGCUCUACCAGUCACAUGGAGCUCGAAGUGACAGGCAACCACCGCUUCCUCUACAACAGAGGCGGAGUACAUGGCACUGAACCGUGCCUGCCAACAAGCAGUGUGGAUAUCUACGGCGACAACAAAGGCUCUGUCGACCUGGCGAAAAAUGUGAAGGGCAUCACAAAAGCGAAGCACAUCCACAUGAAGCACCACUACAUUCGUGAACAGGUCAACGAAGGUGAUGUGGAGGUCAUCAGGAUUCCGACAGAGUCAAAUGUCACAGAUAUCUUGAUGAAGCCAUUACCAUGA